GCAGUUUGAAAGUGCGGUUUUAGCUGUAUCGAAAAAGAUAUUGCUUCUUCACUUCUCGCUCGUUUCCUCCCUCUCAGAACCCUAAACCCUUCCCCACAAUGGCUUCUUCUCUUCCGGUCCGCCAUGUUCGUCAUUUCUGCGCCGCCACCAACUCCACAAUCUCCAUCUCCAAAGCGAAAGCAAAACUUCGUUCCGAGUAUGACCCCGACAAGGCCCUAGAAAUCUACUCCUCCGUCUCCGACCAUUACACCUCCCCUGUCUCCUCUCGCUACGCUCAGGAAUUCACUGUUCGGCGCCUCGCCAAAUCUCGACGCUUUGACGACAUCGAAACCCUAAUCGAAUCCCACAAAAAAGACCCCAAAAUCACCCACGAACCCUACCUCUCUACCUUGAUACGAUCCUAUGGCCGAGCCGGGAUGUUCGAUCACGCCCUCAAGACUUACAAUCAGAUGGACGAGCUUGGAACGCCGAGAUCGGUUAUAUCCUUCAACGCGCUCCUCUCUGCUUGCAACCAGUCAAAGCUGUUCGACCAGGUGCCCAAGCUUUUCUCUGAGAUCCCACACAAGUUCAACAUUUUGCCCGAUAAAAUUUCGUAUGGUAUACUGGUUAAAUCCUUCUGUGAGUCGGGUACACUGGAGAAGGCCAUAGCGACUCUUGAAGAAAUGGAGGAGAAAGGAAUUGAGGUAACUGCUAUAACUUUUACGACGGUUUUGGAUGGUUUGUAUAAGAAGGGGGAGAGCGAAACUGCUGAGAAGCUGUGGAAUGACAUGGUGGCAAAGGGGUGUUCGCUGGAUGUUGCGUGCUAUAAUGUUAGGAUCGUGUAUGCUCAUGGCGGUUCACCAGAGGGUGUGAAGGCCUUGAUUGAAGAGAUGAGCGACGCAGGGCUGAAACCCGACACCAUUAGUUAUAAUUAUUUAAUGACUUCGUACUGUAAGGGUGGGAUGAUGGAAGAAGCUAAGAAGGUUUACGGUGAAUUGGAGAGUAAUGGGUGCCAUCCAAAUGCUGCAACUUUUAGGACUUUGAUAUUUUAUUUGUGCAGAGCAGGGGAUUUCGAGGAGGGGUAUAAGGUUUUCAAGAACAGCGUGAAGCUGCAUAAAAUUCCUGAUUUUGGGACGUUGAAGCAUUUGUUGGAGGGUUUGGUGAAGAAAUCGAAAAUUAAGGAGGCAAAAGGAUUGACGCGGACAGUGAAGAAGAAGUUCCCCUCUAACUUCUUGAAUGCUUGGAAGAAACUGGAGGAAAAUCUUGGCUUGACUUCUGCUGCUGCUGCUGAUGAUGACGACGAUGUGCUCCAGCACCCAGCGAGGCUGCCCUGUAAGUGAUGGUGGAACUGUUGCUAGUGGGUAUUAAAUUGUAUUGUUCACCACAGCGUUAGAUAUUUAAACCAGAGGAGUUCCUCGCUUGGUCUGUGACUGCAAAUGAUUCAAUCUGAUUGAAAUGUGAAUUGUUAGUGUGAGGGACAAUGCAGAUGAGCGAUGCUGGUUUUGGCCCUUGGGUAUUGCCUUUGGGAGCCAUGUUGAGAGCUCCAAAUGGAGAUAUUUUUUUGCUUAAAAGAUGUUUUAAGGUCUCCCAGUUAAUUGGUUUCUACAA